AAUAAACCUGAAAAAACAAAAAAAAAUCAAAACAAUCGUUUAAACAACAACCGAAACGACCGACUCAGCACUAUCCUUCCCACCGUCUCCUGUCUACACUGAUCAGCUAGUCCACACCCCCUCCGAACAGAUCUUCCUAGCAUUCCCGAAGGCUGCUUACGAACCACUCGACCAGCCUUCUUCUUUUCAUCGUACUCAACGUCUUCCAUUAACCUAAACACGUAUCUAUCUGCACAUAUCCUCGCUCGACUUAAUCUCUCGCUUUCUCCUCCACCUCACCAAAAACCACAACAAAACACACGCACAAAAAAAACACAUCGCAAGAGGAAGAUAGCACACAUCGAACCAACGCUGACUGCAAGAUAACCAUCGAAAAACAAAAAACAGAAAAUCAGCUGAAAACAAGAGAGAGAGAGAAUGGGAUUUUCGUUUGGAGAUUUCGACUCGAUAUGCUCGUCAGCGGCGCUAAUCAUAUGUCCGCUCAUGGGCACCUCGUCAUCGAAUGGGAACGGCGGCGGGGGCGGAAGUAGGAUGGGCAUCCAACCGAACUGUUAUGCGCGCAACGUCGAGCUCAACGGCACGAUCCUCUUCCAGCCCGCCGUCCUGUUCAUCCACAUCAUCGCCCUCAUCAUGAUCCUCCUCAUGAUCCUCCACAUCAAGUCCAAAUACACCGCCGUCGGUCGCAAAGAAAUCGUCCAUUUCUUUUACUUCUAUGCCGUCGUCACCCUCUCUUCUUUCUUCCUCGACAGUGGCAUCAUUCCUUCAAGUUCGAAAGUCUAUCCCUAUUUCGCGGCUUUUGAGACCGGAAUGUUAUCGGCGACGUUCUGGUGUUUACUAGUGAACGGGUUUGUAGGCUUCCAAUUUGCGGAAGACGGGACCCCGCUAAGUCUAUGGUCGUUACGAGGGAGUUGUCUAGCGGUCUUCAGUCUGACGUUUUUCAUUGCGAUAGCGACCUUCAACUCUCUGGCGUCAUUCACGCCCUCGCAACCGACGGCGCUGUGGAUAAUCAUGUACAUAUUCAACGGCGCCUGUGUGGCGAUCUAUGUGAUCCUCCAGCUGCUGUUGGUGGUCCGGACGUUGGACGACCGUUGGCCCAUCGGCGACAUCCUCUUCGGCCUCGGCUUCUUCGUCGUCGGGCUCGUGCUCAUCUACGGCUUCAGUCUCACCAUCUGUUCCGCGAUCACCCAUUACGUCGACGGCCUCUUCUUCUCCCAACUGUGCUUCCUCUUAUCGGUCAUGAUGGUCUACAAAUAUUGGGAUUCGAUCACCAAAGAAGAUCUUGAGUUUUCAGUCGGCUCCAAGCAAGCAGUCUGGGAGAUCAGUUCGAAAGAAGCCCUACUCUCAGGCAUGGGAUCCCACAGUCAAACGGGAGGCGCCAGAGAAGGUAGGGAAGGAGGAGGAUUGGGCGGCGGCCAAGGGACCCCGGAGGAGGCCGACUACUACCAACACAACGGCUCGUCUGCGCAGAUGUCUCCCACCCACUCUCAGUCAAUCGUCCAUCCUAAUCAUCCCGCCUUUCAUGGCGGAUAUCCGCCUCAUAAUAAUGGCCCUACUAAAUUCUCUGGCUAUUAGCUUCUUCUUCUUCUUCUUCUUCUCCCUCCCCCUUUCUCUUUUGUAUCUUCUGCUUCUCAUCUCAAACUCUGACUCACCCAAACAAAACUAUAAAAACAAAUUCCAUCAGCAUCUUCUUUUUGUACUACUACUUCAUUUCCCCAAUUUUUGAAAAAGAAAAGAAAAAUAAACUCUCCUCUUUUCUGACUUGUUUCUUUGUUUCACUUUUUGUUUUCUCAUACAACUGCUGACCCCAAACCCCCUAAUUUAUUACCAACACAACCACCUUUCCAAUCCAUUCUUUCCUUCCCCAUUCCUUUCCCUUACUCUGUUUCUUUGAUACUCUUUGCUACAUCAUGAAUCAAUCAAUCAAUUUUUUUUUGCUUCUUUUUAUCUGAUUAAUUGAAUAUUUGCAUAGAAGAAAACAGAAAGAAAAAAAAAACACAAAUCCCAAGAAAAAGAUGAUACUGUUCAUGUCCAUGUUCUUGUAAUAGAUUGUAGAUCACAUUGGAGGUCUGAAGGAAUACAUACAGAAUGUUGCAGA